AGCGGAAAUAACAGGAAACACAUGAAAAAUGCCAUGAUUAUAAUGUCUGUGAGGAGAGAGCAAGGCAGUUCUUCAGGGGAGGGAUUAUUGUCAUUCGAAGAUGUGGCUGUGGACUUCACCAGGGAGGAGUGGCAGUUUUUGGACCCGUCUCAGAAGGUCUUGUACAAGGAAGUAAUGUCGGAGAACUACAGAAACCUAGUAUCAGUAGGGUAUCAAGGCACCAAGCCAGAUUCACUCUUCAAGUUGGAGCGAGGAGAACCCCCAUGGGUAGUAGAAGGAGCAGCCCACAGUCAAACCUGUGCAGGUUUUGUUAUCCAGAAUACAAGAUAUGCAGGAAAAGAUUCUGAUGCAUUUGGUGGAUAUGGGAAAUCACGCCUCCAUAUCAAGCAUGACAAAACCCUUACUGGAAUUAAAUACCAUAGAUGUGUUAAACCCAGUAGCACUAAAUCACAGCUCAGUGACCAUCAAAAAAUGUAUGCAGGAGAGAAACCACAUGAAUGCAGUGUGUGCGGGAGAGGCUUCUCCAGGAAAGCACAGCUUCUUCAACAUCAGAGAACUGAGAGAGGAGAGAAACCCCAUGGAUGUGGUGAAUGUGGGAAAACAUUUAUGAGGAAGAUUCAGCUCACUGAGCAUCAGAGAACUCACACGGGAGAGAAACCCCAUGAAUGUAGUGAAUGUGGAAAAGCCUUCUCCAGAAAGUCACAGCUCAUGGUCCAUCAGAAAACUCAUACAGGAGAGAAACCCUACAGAUGCAGUGAAUGCGGAAAAGCCUUCAGCCGGAAGUGCCUGCUCAGUAGACAUCAGCGAUCCCAUACUGGAGAGAAACUCUAUGGGUGCAGUGUGUGCGGGAAAGCCUUUUCCCAGAAGGCAUACCUCAUUGCACACCAGAGACUUCACACAGGAGAGAAGCCUUAUGAAUGCAGUGAUUGUGGAAGAACUUUCUAUUUUAAGUCAGACCUGACCAGACAUCAGCGGAUUCAUACAGGAGAGAAACCUUAUGAAUGUAGUGAGUGUGAAAAAGCCUUUAGAAGCAAGUCGAAGCUCAUUCAGCAUCAGCGUACUCACACUGGAGAGAGACCAUAUUCAUGCAGCGAGUGUGGCAAAGCCUUUGCCCACAUGUCAGUCCUCAUUAAACAUCAGAAAACUCACAUAAGAGAGAAAGCCAUAAAUUCACCGAAGGUGGAGAAACUUUCCUCCAAGAGUCAUGCCUCCUUAUACAUGAGUGAACUCAUGCAGGAGCAAAACACUGUGAACACAGUACCUAUAGAAAUGCCUUCGUCAAGAACCCCUCCAUUGUUAAACAUUAGUGAGCUCCUAGUGGGUAGAAAUGUAGUGAUUGUGGAACCACCUUUUCCAAGAAAUCAAGCCUUUGUCGUGAAUCAGGAAUUCGAACGGGGAAUAAGCCUUGCAAAUGAAGUAAAUGUGGCCCCGUCAAUAAUAAAUUAUAUCUUAUAUCUUACAGAUACUGUAUAAGAAUAAAUCUUCUGAUACCAGAAAGGUGGGAAAAUCUUUAGCAGGAAUCCUCCAACCAUUAUAUGCCAGAUAGCUCAUUUAGGGCUGAAAUUAUGGAGACACUGGUGGUGGAGGACAUUUCUGUGAGAAGCUAAACCUGUUAAACACGAUUGAAAUCAUGUUGGAUAGAAAUGCAGGUGUUAUGAGGAAGCCCUUACCUGGAGAUGGUAUCUCAAUUGGUAUCAAAAGAAUUCUUACAGGAAUGUUUAUGAAAGAUUGUGAUGGUAUUUUUAGUGCUAAAUUGUGCCUCGUGUGUCAAAGAUAACAGACAACUUUAGAGGCAAUGGAGAUGGAAAACAUUUUUAGUAAAUUUUUUAUGGGAGAAUUUAUAGAAAAAAAGUCUUGAAAGUGAGAAAUGAUGGAAACUCACCAAAUUAACUCAUGUAUCACACUUUUAUGCCUUGAGAGUCUUGGAGGGACAUGUUUAAUAAAUGACAUCUUGAGCCCCAGGAAUAGUAGUAUGUAACGAAAACCUAUGAAUGUAACAAAUAUGGAAGUAAAACUGUUAAGUUUCUUAUGGUUGCUGCACCAAGCAAACACAGAUUUGAUGGCUUAAAAUGACGCAAAAUCAUUAUCCUACAGGUCUGGAGGUCUGGAGUCUAAAUGCAUCUCACAGGGCUAAAUCAAGCUGUUGACAGGGCUACUUUUCUUUUCGGAGACUCUAGGGGAACGUCUUUCCUUGUCCUUCAAGCUUCUACAAGCUGCCCAAUUCUGUGGUUUGGGGCCUCCUUUCAAAACCAGCAGUGACCAGUCAGUCUUACAUCACUCUUAACACUUGAGUGUUCUGUCUCCCUCUUCCAUGUUUCAGAAUCCUUGUGACUACAUUGGGAAAAUUCAGAUAAACCAGGAUAAUCUCCCUAUCUUAAUAAUUAUGAUCCAAGUAUGUUAAAAUUUUUAUUGUAUAAUCAGAGAAUCUUAUGAUUGUUACAUGUGAACAUUGUAGAUGCUCUUGAAAUGUUAAAGUCACAUCAGCACUGGAAAAUAACUCCUACAUGUCCAAAAAGAACAUGUGAUUUAUGAUGCUUGAAAUGUUGUCAAGCAUAAAUUUGUAUCUAUUCUGAAAUCAUAUAAAUUAAUUUUAUAUAAUUUCAGGCCAGGCACAGUUGCUCACACCUGUAAUUUCAGCACUUUGGGAGGCCAAGGCAGGAAGAUCACUUGAGCCCAGGAGUUUGAGACCACCCUGGGCAAUGUAGCAAGACUAUAUCUCUAC